AUGACAGGACUGGACCCCGAGAAAGACCAGAUCUUGCAAAUUUGCUGCUUCAUCACCGACGCGGACCUACAACUCCUGGACCCCACGGGCUUCGAGACGGUCAUCCACCAGCCGAAAUCGCUUCUCGACCAGAUGUCCCCCUGGUGCAUCGACACGCACGGUCGCACGGGGCUCACAGCGACCGUGCUCGCGUCGACUGUCACGGCGGAGUCGGCGGCCGCCGACCUACUGGCAUACAUCCAGCGAUACGUGGCCCAGCCACGGACGGCGCUGUUGGCGGGGAACAGCGUGCAUGCGGACAAGGCGUUCCUCGCGCGGGGCCCGUACGCAGCCGUGUUGGACUGGUUACAUUAUCGCAUUGUGGACGUGAGUACCAUCAAGGAGAUCGCCAGACGGUGGGGGUCGCAGGAUUUACUGGAUUCGGUGCCCCCCAAGCGUGAGGUGCAUCUGGCGAGGGAUGAUAUCUUGGAGAGUAUCGAGGAAAUGCGAUUCUAUCGGAGGUGGUUGUUUGGAUCGGAUAGUUCUAAUAAAUGA